GCCCUCCCUCUGAGUUACGCUAGGUGGUCGGCUUGCGGCCGCGACGCUGGCCAUGGAAGGGGACCACUUCCCCGCCACCGCCUCCUGGUACCAGCCGGCCAGCCCCCCGCGGGACGCCUGUGUCUACAGCAGCUGCUACUGCGAAGAAAAUAUUUGGAAGCUCUGUCAAUACAUCCAAACGCAGGACCGGUAUCCGUUAGAAGAGUGUUAUGCUGUCUUCAUUUCCAACGAGAGGAAGAUGAUACCCAUCUGGAGACAACAGGCGAAACCUGGAGAUGGGCCCGUGAUCUGGGAUUACCAUGUUGUUUUGCUUCAUGUCUCCAGCCGAGGACAGAGCUUCAUUUACGAUCUGGACACGGUCUUGCCGUUUCCUUGCCCCUUUGACGCCUACGUGGAGGAGGCCUUCAGGUCUGAUGACGACAUUCACCCACAGUUCCGAAGGAAAUUCAGAGUGGUCCGCGCAGAUUCCUACUUGAAGCACUUUGCUUCCGACCGUUCUCACAUGAAGGACCCCAGUGGGAACUGGAGGCAGCCGCCCCCACCGUAUCCCUGCAUUGAAACUGGAGAUUCCAAAAUGAACCUGGAUGACUUUAUCAGCAUGAAUCCUGAGGUGGGCUGGGGAGCUGUCUACACGCUGUCAGAAUUUGUCCAUCGGUUUAGCAGUAAGAACGACUGACCCUGACCCCAGGAUCUGGAAGUAGAGACAUUCUAGAACACACUCAGGAGGGAAUCAUGAUGGCACAGCUGGCUUGGGAUUUUGCGUUCUUUUUAAAAAACACUCCGGUUGAGUUAAAAUAUGAAUGACUAUAAAUAUAGCCUAAAUAAAUUAAGAAUUUGUUUUUGUGGAUCUGUCAAGCCGCAGCUUAAUGUAUACUAAAUAAGUGCUAUUCCUACGACUCGUUGUUCAAACCCGGGAUGACAUCUGCCAGGGGUUGCCCCUGGGAUAGAGGUGUGGAUGUGGAGCCGGCUCUCUGGGUCUGUUCUGUGCGUUUCUCAUCUCAUCAGCUACACUGGAAGCCCCUUGAGGGCAAGCCGGUGACCCAUCGCUCUGUGAAUAUGAUGCCCAUAAAAGGUGCUCAUAAAAUGUUGGCUAGUCACUGUGUUGCUACUUGAAGAGGGAUGAUAUUAUGGGCUGAAUCAGCAAUAAUUAUUUGUCUGUAAGGACUGCUACAUUUUUGAAAAAAGAGGCCAGUCAGCCCUGUAGCCUACCUCUGUAUGCUGUAAAUAAAUCUGAUUUUUAAAAAACUAAAUCUGACUUAAAAUGUU